UACUACUACAGCAUCCACUACUAAAUUAACACCUACUUAUGCGAAUAGCACAAAUGAUAUACAUGUCAUAUCUGAACUGACUACAGAAAGUAAUUCAAAUAUUAUAAUAAUAGACGACGUUGACGAACUCACAAGUAAUAAUUAUAAAGAUUUGCUUCUGUCGAUAAUAGACUACGAAAGCAACAAACUUAACAAGGAAUGGAUGAAGUUUGCAAAUAUCAAUUUAGACAAAAUAAAAAGGAAGCAAACAACCGAACAAAUGAUGACAACAAAGAAAUCGAAAAUAAUAACUAGAAAAAAAGACAGUACCGAGAAUUAUGAUAUUCUACAAGACCUGCAGCCCCUAUUCCCAGCAGAAUCAAACGAAACUGAAACGACAAUAUCCAUGUCUGCUCUAAUCGACAAAAUCGGCAGUAAAUUUAAAUUUAAAUUUGUUAAUAAUAACGCAAGUACAAAGACUAGUGAUAACAAGGCACCUACCCAGAAACAGCCCAAUGUGGGCAAAAAGAUAUCAACAAAAAAGAAAGCGAAAACGCAGCAUCACACCACUUCUCUAGGAAGAGAGGCCGAUGAUUCAAUUACGGAGCCCCGUAUUUGUAACAUUAAAGCCACAAGACAGCACAUCCUAGACAUACGAAAAGAAAUGCCAAUAAAAGACUUCGAAGAGUAUGUUACCAAUGUCUCUUGCCAAAAGUAUGAAUCAGUACCAAAAGCUAUUUUCAUUGGAAAGACAAGAUAUAAUGAUAAUAAAAACAUGAGAAAGUGGUGUUGGAUUCGUGAUAGAAGAUCUCUCUUUCGCUCAAAGUCAAAACCCAAAGGCACUGCAAAAAGAAUAUCGCGAGUGAUUAGUUCCGAAUUUGAAGUAUUCUAUAGAGGAGAACAUGGUAUUUAUAAACAAAAUAUGAGAAGUAAGAGAUGUGCUGGUUCCAGAGAUAGUUUAAACGAAUUAAGAAAUCUACCUCGGUUUUAUGACAGUGAGAACGAAAUAUACGCUCUAGCCGGAGACAAGGUCAACAUCAGUUGUUUCGAUGACUCUAAACAAACUAUUAAUGAUCGACCUCCAGUGAAAUAUGCAUGGAAAGCAGAAAGAGAUUGCAUGUUGGAUUAUAAUAACGUAGUGGUUGAUGGCGAUGUGAUUAACAUCGUUGGUGUACAAGCAAAGAACAAUGGAUAUUAUAUUUGCAAGAGCAGCGGCAUAAUGAAAAGAGACGUAAAAUUAGCUGUACUAACGCUUCCUAACUUAGUUUUGCUUUCGACAUUAUUAUACAGAAAGGAAACCGAAUGUACACACGAUGAUUUAAAAAGAUUAGAGUUGUUGGGUCCUGAAAUAUCCAAAGAAGUUUUCCAGAGGCAAAGUUAUGUCAAGAUAGACAGUCCCGUUUGCUUAGAGGAUAAAACGGAUGGCAAAAUUAAAAUCAGAGCAUUAGCAUCAGUUGAUUGCCGACGGCCUGCAGUAGACUGUAGUGUGUCGUGCAGAAGGGACUUGCAAACCGUUUUCGCUUCAAUGUGCGCUGAAAAUGUCCCUGCACUAGCUACUAUUGGAGUUAUGUUAUUGAGAGACGGAGUAAACUAUACUUGGAGACCUUCAAAAUACCAUAAACGAUCUGUCAUUACAAGAAGUCUAAGAGGUAGGAUAGUACGUCAUAAUGUUUAUUUUACAAUUAAAUAGACACGUAGGUAUAAUAUGAUGUGCCUUUUAAAAAAUACAUUAUAAUUUUAUAUAGAUAUUGGCAAUCGUCAUG